GUAGGUUAACGGUAGUACAGCACUGAAAACGACCAUUCUGGAGAGUCAAUCAAGUGUACAGUGGCGUCGAUAGCAGUGGUGGGGGGAGAGUAACAAGCAACAGGGACAAUCUUGCCCAUAUCCCGAGUCAUCCAGGACGCUAACAACUCUGGGUGAAUUCGGGUGCGCUGUGCUAUACCGGUGGGACAAAAAGUGUCUUUGAAUCGAAGGGAAUUUUUGGAAAAAUAAAUAAAAUGUUUUUCGGCAAAGUGUCCAGUGUUUUGGUGUUGGUUUUAGCUUUAAUAAAAACUGGCUGUUUGGCUUUAGAAUGUUGGAAGUGUACGUCAGACUAUGACGCAUCUUGCAGCGAUCACUUCAACACGACUCGCAUUUUCAAGAACAGAGUUCACUUGAACGACUACGAAAGUUAUGGAACCAAUCAGCUGAACAGAAGAGAGCCUCAUCUGUUCACUUGUGAAGGCAUGCAUACGUCCACCAUUGAACAAUACAAGAACGUUUGCCUAAAGAAAGUGUAUAUAAUACCAAACAGACCCAACAAAUACAUCAGAGAAUGCCGCAUGGUACUAAAGUCUCAUAAGGUUGGAGAAUGUCCAAGUGACGUUUUGGCAGCUGCCACUGACAGGAGUCUAGUCCACUGCAGCAGUUGCGAAUAUGACGGAUGCAAUUCUGCCAACAGAAACACUGUGUUCUUAAUGGGUUUACUACCACUACUAAUAUUUAUUUUUACGCACUAGGCUGACCAUAUAUUUCCUACACUUCUAUACAGGGCUUAAAUAAAUAAGCAUACGUAAAGUAUGAAUUUAUUUAUUUAGACCCUGUAUUCUCGAUUUUAUUAUAAUAAAAAUGUGUGUUCUAUAAUAUUUAAAUUAUUAUUUUUUAAAUAACAUCGUAUAGCAAUGAUUAUUUGCUUGAUUUUGAGUGUAAUAUAACAAAUUCUAUGUGAUGAUGCCCUCUAAAUGUACCUUUAUUUAUAGUAGAUAUUAAAAAUCUGCAAAUAAUAUUUUAUUAUAUUGUUAACCGCGUCUAGCAUUGAACUAUUUAGUUUUUGUUUAUUCUUAUUUUCCAGUUAAAAGAUUGUCUCUUUCAUGUAACGAUUUUGUUAAAAUGAUUAUUUUCAUGCUUGGUAAACAAGUAGAUUAUUAACGAAAAAACCUAUGGAUGUUAAAAAAAUUGUUUUAAAUUAUGGUUUGUAUAUAAUAACAAUUUAUUUGGUAGUGUAUGUAGUUUUUAUUCUUAUAAUACGUGUUUUAAAUGCUAUGUUUUUCUAUAACCUUUCUAUAUUUUUUUAAUCAAAAAUUAUAUAAAAUUGGUUAAUUUUAAGAAAGAAAUCAUAUUAUUAUAUAAUUAAAAUAAAUUAAAUAACAAAUGACGGGGUUGUUAAAAGACAAUUAUAAUUUUUAAUAUUUAUUAUAACCUACUCGUAAUUUUUUGUAACUUAAUAAUAUUUAACAAACUUUAAUAUUAUAGAUUUAAAUUAACAAAGACUUUAGAAAAAUUAGUAAUAGAUACAACAAUUUUUAUUUCUAAGCUUACUGUGACGUCUUUUUUAUUCUAAUACAAGGCAUUUUUGACAGAAAAAUUAAAAAAUACUCUAAUUGCUGAGUUCUUCUGUGAAUCAUGACACCCGUUCUUGUGAUUUCUUCUUUGAAAUUUAAAAACCUGACUUUGGUUUAUUUCUUCUCAAAUAUAUGAGUUUAAUUGUCAUUUAAAAGGCAACUAUGACGUUGUUCAUUUUUCGAUCCCAUGAUGUUUAAUCCAUAAUACUAAGAAGUUUUUAAAAGGUUUUUGGUGGAUCUUUAUUGAUAUGAAUUUUAUUAAAUUUGAAAAGAAAUCAGCUGUCACAAAAAUAAUCUAUAGCCAAAUCGAAUAUGAAAUGUAUUUUUGUCAGAUGUAUAUGGUACUUUUUACUUUAGAUAUAGGGUGAUAUAUUUUGUAUUCCUUAUUAGUAUAUAUUUAUAUAGUAUGCAUAUUCCCAUUCUAGAAUGUUGUAAGUAUAGUGGUUGAUCCAGUUUAUAGUAACUGAACGUCAAAGCUCGAUUGAGAAACGCUUUAAAACAGUUUUUUUUAUCGAUUAUUAAUGUUCUGCUGGAUCACUCUGUAUAUAUUUAUUUGGUUGAUAUUUUUUGUUUAGUUUAUAAUUUAGAGGCAUUAGUAAAAAUUAUAAUAACUAUAUGAUGAUUACAAUAUAUA